UUGAUGGAUAAAUUGCUGGCAGAUCUGGUUCAAGUUUUCCAGCAGGAAUCCCUGGCUGUGUUUUUAUCAGACUGUCAGUUCUCCCAGCUGCAGGCACCGCCUGAGCACAGGUUGUGCAUCAAACGCAGCAACUGGCCCAGGGGAGAAUAAUGAGGAAUCAGGAAUUUGAUUUCUGAUAAGUUUAUGAGGAUAGAAAUCUCUUCUGCAUCCAGUUUUCCUUUAUUUCUAGACUAAAUGAAAAUAAUUAGAGUAAAAUGUGUUUUGGGGAGGAAGAAAGAGGCAGCAUGUGAUACCGAACUGACCCUGAAACAAUCCCGAGACCCUUCUCCACAAGUAUUUGCCUUGCAGGUAUUUGGAAACAGAAACAUAAAGUGCUUAUGACUUGGCUUGAGGGUUUUCUAAAGGGCUGCAAAAGAUUCUGAGGGAAGGGAACAAGGAUCAACCCAGAAAAUGUUUUCAAUAAUUGUGUGUACUUAAAAUUGAAUGUUUUAAUUUGCAGUGAGUCAAAGUGGGAAAGCCGUUUUCUGCUUCCCAUGGGCAAAGCUGGUGGCAGAGUCACCUGUGGGAGAACCGCAGGUGGCUCACUGUGGAAAGCAGGUUAGUGGAUUUGAGGAAUUUCUGGUCACCAGGAGCUGCUGGCGUGUGCGUGUGCCUUGUGCCUGCUGCAGCGUGUGCCUGGGCGCGCUCCCGGGAGCAGCAUUCCCGCCAUCGGCAGCUGACCUCCUCCUGCCUCCUCCUUCCUCCUCCUCCCGCAUGUGAACCCCGGGCUGCCCCUGGAAUGCUAUUGAUCCGCGGCAUUAGUCAGCAGCCUUUCCCGUUGAAGGGCAGCUCUUUCCCAGCUCCUGACACGUAACUCUGAUCCCAGCCUUUCAGGGAGCACACACUCCCCACCUGCUCAUCUGGGAGAAGGUCAUUAUCCGCGGGCUAUUCACUGCCACUGGAGCAUGCAAGAAUAGCUGCUUCUCCCAUUGUGCAGCCCGUGGCCCGGAUUGGCUGGCGAGUGUGGGAAACGCCACCGAGCCGCAGACCCACACACUCGCCCCGAGCUCGGACAGUAUAAAUAUCGGGUACAGGCAGCUUCCAGCAACACGUUUCUCCUGGAUUCCACUCCAAGACCUCUCUGCUCAGGACAGAUGGCUCCCAGCACCGUUUUCUUGGAGCCCGACAACCUGCUGACACCAAAGGAGAAAAACAAACUGAGGAAGCCAGUGGUGGAGAAAAUGCGCCGGGACCGGAUUAACAGCAGCAUCGAGCAGCUGAAACUGCUCCUGGAGAAGGAGUUCCAGAGGCACCAGCCCAACUCCAAGCUGGAGAAAGCCGACAUCCUGGAGAUGACUGUCAGCUACCUGAAGCAGCAGAGCCAGCUGCAGAUGAAGACUGCAGGAUCCUUCCAUAAAAGCUCCCAGUUUGACUUCAGAGAGGGCUAUUCCAGAUGCUUGCAAGAAGCUUUCUAUUUCCUCUCUCUCCACAAAGUCCGAACUGAAACACAGACCAAACUUUUAAGUCACUUCCAGAAGAGCCAAUCAGCAGCUCCAGAGGUCUCCUUCUCCCCUGGGAAUGCCAGUGCCCUGAAGCAAGUGUCUCCAAAGGACAGCAGCCCUCUCUGGAGGCCCUGGUAGUCGGGGGAGUCCUCACUGCACGGACCUGUGACAGUCCAGAGGAAGGAUCUGACUGCAUCUGAUAGUCCAGCUCUGAUCCUCUCUCCUGUAGGGAAUUUUAUUUCCCCCCGUGUUUUAUUUAUGUAUGAGAGAAUGCCAUGCUUUUGACUUUUUUUGGGAUCCUCUGGCAAAAGCUGAGGUGUUCUGUUUAGUGUUGAAGCUGUGUAGGCACUGGUGCAGUGCUGCCCGAGCAGGGGCAACGUCUUCAGAAUGAAGGAGGGUGUUUGUAAAUGUUACAGUUGUGAUGGACAGUAAUUGCUGUAGGAGAUUUUCUCUAAUAUUUCCAGAAAGAGCCAUCAGCUUUGCUCUGGCUUGACUGACAAAUCUGGUUGGCUCAGUCACCCCGGAGGAUAAAUUUAUUCCCUUUGGUUCAUGCACACUUGGUUAAAGUAUUUCCCUCUGUUUGCUUAGCAGUUGUGCAGCAUCAAAAAUGGGUUUGGUUUUGGUUUGGAUUUCUCCCCCAUGGCCCUUUCAUAGUCCUGUAUAUACAGUGUGAGGGAUGACCAGGAGUUAGGAAACUAUGUGGAAUACUUCUACUAUUUGAUGCUUUUUUCAAUUUAGAAAAAGAGUAUGUUAUUGCUUUAUGUUAAAGAAAAGUAGUAGGUAACAGGCUUGAUUUGUCAAUGUUAUACAUUCUGGGUGUAAGCUAUGCUUUUUUAGCAUUUUCAUUAUAAUAAUGAUUUUUAUCUGUAUUGAGUGGUUGAAUUCCUGGUGGAUGGUGUUUCUCCCAGUGUUGGGACUGCCCUAUGGCUCAUCUGCAUACUGUGUAUGCGUCUCUGUGUGUGUAGAGAGCAAUAAAAUGCAUUUGUGUGCAACUUCUGUGUGGGUCUCUCCAUCUGAAGGAUGUGCAGCUGCGUACACCCCUAAGAAAGGUUAACAUAGUUCUGAAGAAAUGGGUUUCUCGUAAAGCUCAAAGAACUCCCU